GAGGAAGAAGAAGAGGAGGCUGCUGCUGCUAAAUCGUUUAAGAUGUCGACUGAGGGGCAGAGAGUGGAUGACAGUCCAAGUACCAGUGGAGGCAGUUCCGAUGGAGACCAACGUGAUGGUGUUCAACAAGAACAAGAAAGAGAGCAAGUGCAACCCAAGAAAAAAGAAGGAAAGAUUUCCAGUAAGACAGCUGCUAAAUUGUCAACUAGUGCUAAAAGAAUUCAAAAAGAACUUGCAGAAAUUACAUUGGACCCUCCUCCAAACUGUAGUGCUGGACCCAAAGGAGACAACAUAUAUGAAUGGAGAUCAACUAUAUUGGGGCCCCCAGGCUCUGUGUAUGAAGGAGGGGUUUUCUUCCUUGACAUUACCUUCUCACCAGACUAUCCAUUUAAGCCACCUAAGGUUACGUUUCGGACAAGAAUCUAUCACUGUAAUAUUAACAGCCAAGGAGUGAUCUGCCUGGACAUUCUGAAAGAUAACUGGAGUCCAGCGCUCACCAUUUCCAAAGUUCUUCUCUCCAUCUGCUCACUUCUCACAGACUGCAACCCUGCUGAUCCCCUGGUUGGAAGUAUUGCCACUCAAUACAUGACUAACAGAGCAGAACACGACAGGAUGGCCAGACAGUGGACCAAGAGAUACGCCACAUAGGAACCUACUACAGAUGCUGCUGGACCUGUGCAAGCACAUUCACUAAGUGCAUCAAUAGCCCUUCCCUUCCCUUCAUUCUUAUUUUUUUAUUAAGUUUUCAACCAUUUUGUGACAAUAGGUUGUUCUUUCUUUUUUCUUUUUCAUUUUUCUUUUUUUUUUUCUUUUUUGAUUCUGUUAACUUGAAAGUCAUUUCCCUCAAAGUAGAUGGGAAUUUUUUUUUUUGUUUUCAGUGCAAAGAAUGUUGGAUCUGUACUAGUAUAGAGCUUUGUCCAAAGCUUUGUAUUAAUGUGUGUUUUUUUUUUCCUUUUACGUGGUCUUUGGGAAAACAGAAAAAUUCAAAACUUUAUCUCGUUUCUACUUAAAUGUAGUGUUUAGGGUUAAUUUUUUGUACUGAAGUCUUUAAUGGUGGGUGCAUGCUACUGGGAACAAGUUUUGUAUAAAAGCUUAAAAUCAAGAAUCACUGUGCAUUACUGAGACUCUGUUUAUCACUAGCCUUCUGUUUCCCACACAAAAGGCUAUUGGAUCGAACGAAAUAAUAUGUAUUUUGAUUUACUUAAAGUGCUUGUAAAUUUCUUAGGGACCUGCCACUUUUGACUGUGGAUCAGUUGAUGUACACUUGUAUUAUUAAAGCACUCAAUAAAACACUGUGGCUGAUAAAUUCA